AUGGAAUCACUGAGACUCCGUAGACCCUCACGCCGGGGAUUCCGAACACUCCCAUCAAGUUACUCUGAUUCAUCUCGUCAGCAGCAGAGGAAUAUACCGUGGAAGGUCUUGAAACAAAUAUGUGUGAGGAUCAAGAAGUCUGUUGUAAUUAAAAAUUUGAAAGCCGAAAACCCUCAGGAGCGUCUCUUGGGUAAUAAUACUAAUUGGCUUCACAAUAGCCAAAUACCAGCUGAUCGAGGAACUCCGGAGGAACCAAGUUAUGGUAUAUGUCACCCGAACUCAAUGAGCAUGAAAAUAUAUGUGAAAUUUCCGUCAAAUCGGAAGACUGUUGUAUUGGAAGCAAAAGGGUACAAUAUCAUCAAUGACAUCAAAUCCAUGAUCUGGUCCAAGGAGGGAGUCCAAUCAGGCCAGUACUCUCUAGUUUGUAGAGGAAAACUACUUGAAGAUUACCAGACAUUGGCGUCACUUGACAUUCGAACAGAAUCAACCCUUUAUGUGAUUUUCAAUCCAAGAGAUGUGAUGUCGAUUUUUGUGAAAAUACCAAGCGGAAAGAUGGUUAAAUUUGAGGUUAAGGUCUUAUACACUGUCUGGGAUAUCAAAACGAUUGUUGAGAGCUUUAUCGGGUGUCCUGUUACCGAUUGCAGUAUGAUCUAUGCAGGAAAUGAGCUGCAGGAUUGCAAGACCUUGGAUUUCUACCAGGUCGAAGAAAAUUCCACUUUAGAAGUUCUGCCCUUUUGGUUUCAGAUAUUUAUUAACACGUGGAGUGGGAAAACCAUUACACUUGACGUGACACGAAAGACUACUGUCAGAGAGGUGAAGGACAAGAUAUUUUGCAAGGUCAGAGUGCCGGUUCAUGUUCAGAGUAUUGUAGUUGCCGGUAAACGCCUUGAUGAUGCAUGCCGUCUUUCAAUUUACAACAUUCAGAAAGGCUCCACUCUCCACAUGGUUUUGGGUUGGUGA